AUGAAAGAAAAAUACUGUGCAUAUGUGACUCUAGGAAGGGAGCUCCUCGGCUUUCACCAAGCCCUGAAGGAGGCCUUGGGGGUCCGAAGGCCCACUGUUGGGGCGCUAUCACGAAGCUGGGCAGAGGAGUGCACUGUCUGCUCUUCACUGUUAACUGAGAUCAUGCUGGCAGCUGACGGAAGGGAGGAGUCUGAGAUGUGGAAGCAAAAUGCCAGUGGGGCCCAAGGGUCAAAGCCUCAGCUUUCUCUUUGGCUGGAGCGGUCUCUGCAGGCAGUCUGCCGUCCGUACCAGCACCUGUCUCAGGCCCACUUCGCGGGUCUCCUGGACCUUUCCAGUCGUCUCCACCAAGACACGCUGCAGACCCCUCAAAGUCUGCCUGGCCACAGCUGA